AGGGAAAGGCGAGCGCGAGCUGCCUCAAAUGCUUGGAAUAAUUCCGCUUCCGUUUGGAAAGCCGCAGCCUCCGUCCCGCCGCCGCGUCCGCCCAGCGCCAGCUCCGCGUCCCCACCGGCCCGCGCUGCCCGCUCCGCCGCCAUGGCCACCUCCCCGCAGAAGUCGCCCUCUGUCCCCAAGUCCCCCACUCCCAAGUCGCCCCCGUCCCGGAAGAAAGAUGACUCCUUCUUGGGGAAACUCGGAGGGACCCUGGCCCGGAGGAAGAAAGCCAAGGAGGUAUCAGAGCUUCAGGAGGAGGGCAUGAAUGCCAUCAACCUGCCCCUCAGCCCAAUCCCCUUCGAGCUGGACCCUGAGGACACGAUGCUAGAGGAGAAUGAAGUGCGAACCAUGGUGGAUCCAAACUCCCGCAGCGACCCAAAACUUCAAGAACUAAUGAAGGUAUUAAUUGACUGGAUUAAUGAUGUGCUGGUUGGAGAAAGAAUCAUUGUGAAAGACCUGGCUGAAGACUUAUAUGACGGCCAAGUCCUGCAGAAGCUUUUUGAGAAGCUUGAGAGCGAGAAGCUGAACGUUGCCGAGGUCACCCAGUCAGAGAUUGCUCAGAAGCAAAAGCUGCAGACUGUGUUGGAGAAGAUCAAUGAGACCCUGAAACUUCCUCCCAGGAGCAUCAAGUGGAAUGUGGACUCUGUUCAUGCCAAGAGCCUGGUAGCCAUCUUGCAUCUGCUGGUUGCUCUGUCCCAGUAUUUCCGGGCACCAAUCCGCCUCCCAGACCAUGUUUCCAUCCAAGUGGUUGUGGUCCAGAAACGAGAAGGAAUCCUCCAGUCUCGGCAAAUCCAAGAGGAAAUAACUGGUAACACAGAGGCUCUUUCUGGAAGGCAUGAACGUGAUGCCUUCGACACGUUGUUCGACCACGCGCCGGACAAGCUCAACGUGGUGAAAAAGACGCUCAUCACGUUUGUGAACAAGCACCUGAAUAAACUGAACCUGGAGGUCACGGAACUGGAAACCCAGUUUGCAGAUGGGGUGUACCUGGUGCUGCUCAUGGGGCUCCUGGAGGGCUAUUUCGUGCCCCUGCACAGCUUCUUCCUGACCCCCGACAGCUUUGAACAGAAGGUCCUGAAUGUCUCCUUUGCCUUUGAGCUCAUGCAAGAUGGAGGGUUGGAAAAGCCAAAACCACGGCCAGAAGACAUCGUCAACUGCGACCUGAAAUCCACACUGCGAGUGCUGUACAAUCUCUUCACCAAGUACCGGAACGUGGAGUGAGGGGCAGGCGGGACUCUCCUCCCAACCGCCUCCGCCCGCUUCCUCCUGCCGCCUGCUCUGUGCUCGCCCGCAAGUCCAGCUACAGCCCGGAGAUCGCGGGAACUGCGAUUAGGAAGGAAACGAUCAACAACUCAGUGGGCUGACCCACACCUCCCAGGCCCUGGGGACUGGCCCCGCGAUGGCCUGGGAAGGUUGUCCCCAUCCUGGUCCAGGUCCAGGUUUCCCUCAGUGUGACUUGGAAACUAGCUUAGGCACAAGAGACCCCCCCCCCCAAGAAGAUGAAAAUAAAGAUAAUAGUUACCACUCAGUGGGUGUAAACUAUGCACCAGGCACCACAUUAGGUGCGUGACGUACUCAGAUUCAUUAAUCCUCGUGACUUCCCUUGAAGCAGGUGUUAGAAUCCCCUUUUACAGAUGAGGAAACUGAGGCUCAGAGAGGUGAAGGGACUUGCCAGAAGCUGGCAUUUGUUUUUUCUCUUUGAACAACAUUUUUGUUAAUAACUAGCCCAUCACAUCACAUUCUUUGCACACUCUGGAGUUGUGUGUGUGUAUGUGUAUAUGCAUGCACGUGCACCCUCAAAGAAGACAGGAGCCCACUGAGCUCACCACCAGGCAGCUAGGUCAGGACUAAGUGAUUCACACUAAAAUUGGCACAUCAGAUUGAACCCAAUUAAUAGUGUGUGUGUGGCAGGAGUCAUGGCCCUCAACUCCUUUGUACAAAUGAAAAUUACUCUUAAUUCCUUCAGAUUUGUAAUAACCCCAGACUCUGGUUUCAGGGUGACAUUUGGGAAGGAUUCUGUUUAAAAUUAAUGGAGUGGCACAUUUUGCAGCCUUUUUGCUUGAUUGCAUGUAAUGGAAAUGCCCUAUAUUUUCCUGCAAAAUAAGUACUCAAUUCAUUAUCGUGUGGCCAAGGGAGAGUAUGCUCAGGCCCCGCAGAGAGCUGGGCGCAGGCCCGUGUGAGCAUGGCUUCGGAAGUAGAGCUCUUCAACAGGGACCCUUGAACUUUAAAGAAAGGAACUCCUUUUUGCCUUCUAAUUGAUCAUUUAGACCGUUUCUGACUAAGUCUGCCCACAGACAAUUAUCGGCUAAUUCAGGCGAGGAAAAAAUGUCAGUCAUUUAGACCCAAGCCGAGCAGUUUCAUUGCGUGGCUGCCCGUGGGCUUGUGGUUACUUGUGUCCCCUCUCUGUGAACCUGACUUUGAAACCCAGGCCUCUAGGGCCCCAGGCUGCCGGGUCCUGGAGGAACGGGAAAGGGGCUGAAAGUGGGGGUGAGCACGGGGACAAGACGCGUGGGGGAGAUAUUUGCAUACUUAACGUCUAGGGGAAUACAGACAAAGGGAUGGGGCUUGUGGGGUUUACAAUCUUCAUAAAUGGACCAAGGCCUUGGCACAAUUAAUAACUUUUACUGAUAUUAUGUUUUCAUUAUAGAUUUUCCUAAAUAUGCCAGAUGGACAGCAGCCUGGGUCCCGCCUCCAGAAGUCUGUGCCUGCUUUUGUCACUAGGCCAUUGCACAAAGUCCGUCUCUAGUUUAAAGAAUUCAUUUUGGUCUCCAUCUACGCCACCCUGAAUUAGGCCUCUCGUGUUGUCCAAAACAUUUCCUUCCAGCUUCUAAACAUUUCUUACGCUACGGUCUAUCUGCAGUCACUCAGAACCCGUGAAAUUUAGAUAUGCUACAUAUUUCUCUGGAUAUUUUGCUCUCAGAAAGAAUUGUUACUCAGCAGAGUGAGCGUUUAAGACGUAGAGACAGUGUACUCUCUUGUGUCAAUCUAUGUGAAAGAAUACAAUUCUUUUUUACCUAAUCAAUGAAAUAUUCCUUUUUUUAUUAGGAAACGCUAAAUAGUGUAAUAUUUCUGUUUGCUUUCUUUUAAAUUGCUGAUGGCAAAUCAAGAUAAAUCAUUGCUUUGUCCCCUUGAGCAAUGCUGAAGCGGGUGAAAUAAGAGAGAUGCGUUCAUUUAAACAUGCUUUGCUGUAUGAA